AUGAGACAGGUAAACAUUGGCGGCGACUUUGUCAGCCUGACACCAUGCGACAGGUGCCACGGGGUUGUACCAGAUGACAAAGCCAUCUACAUGGGUUUAAGAGAUCAUGUUGAACAGCUACAACUUCUAACAGCCAGAAGAGGUAAGGGUCGGCCGAAGAAAAUCAAGAAAAAGAAGACGAAGAGUGGUAGUACAGACAUAGUGAAAGCUCUCCAAUAUCUCCCGCUCCCGUAUCAUGAAGAAAUCGAAAGGCUGUACGACAAGUAUGGUUAUCAGGUGCGUUAUCUGUCUUCUGCUAGUUGGGAAGACAUUCUUCCCACUGCAGGGCCUACUGGCGAUAGGCCUACAGAGAACUUCAACGGAGAGGCAGCUGGAGAGCCGGAACGGAAGUCAUCUGACGAAAAGGCAUCACCAGAUGAUCACACUUGCGAACCCGAGACCGCAGCAGAAGAGGACCGAGGAACCAUAGAUAAGGAUCCCCUAUGGACAGAAGAGGAAUACGUGCAGGUAGAGAACAUGAAAGAGAGGCUUUACGAAGAUGACUUCUCCACACCCGAUCAUGGUGGCUGUAGAAAGGAUUCGGCCGGCGAUGGGCCCGCAGUACCUGAGGUGGAAGCAGACCGAGUGGGAAUAUGCGAGGUCCCAGCAGAAGAUGCAAAGACAUCAGAUGAUGAAGCGAGGCAAAAGCGCAUAAGGAUCAGGGAAAGCCUGAUCUACUUGCCUUUCAAAUGUCAGCAUACGCUGGUGGUUCAGCUACAAGGCAUUCUUGAGAGGGCGUGCUUCGAUUAUGCACAAAGACACCUGUCAACCCUACUACACGAACAUGAGUGGAGCUGUGCGGAAGCGGUACCACUUCAUACUUGGAUGGACCAGUUUAGUGUCAUACGAGAUACAUUCGAUAAAGAAAACAGCAAGGAGCUCCUGCAGACGGUAGCCACAAUUGAAGAUACGGCAGUGAAGCGCACGCCUAUCAACUGGCCUCGGAUGAAGGAGUUUCUGGACAUUGCAGUCGAACUAACAGGCAUCCUGCAAGCUAAACAGCACUGCGACACUAUACAGAGGAUUCGCACGAAUAUAUCAAAAGCCAUCCAGGAAUUACUUCGUCAGGAAGCAGAAGCACGAAAGGCCGAGUUUUGUGAGCUUCUAGGUAUUUGCCGUCAACAACGGGAAGUGGAAGCGAAAAGAAAGCAGUGGCAUACAGAGAGAGUGAGAAAGACGAAGGAACGCGAGCAAUCAGCUGGACUGGAGGUAUUGAAAGUGCUGGAAGGAGGGAAGGUUAUGACGAAUGUGUUCACCUCAUAA